AUGGGGGUGGAUAAUGGGAGAUGUAGCUUCAAGAAUGUUGGAAGGAAGAUUGUUCCAGUGCUUGAUAAAUCUAUAGCUAAAGAAGUUUGUAAUUUCAAGGCUUUUUUGAUAUCUUUUGAGAUAUGUCUGCAUGCACAUGGAUUUACUCUUGCAGAGUCAAAUUAUGAAUUUUCAAUAUCUGGAUAUAUCAGGGAAAAAUCAAGAGAAAAACACCGUCAGGAGAAACUGAAGCUACAGGAAGAGGGAAAACAAAAAGGAAAGCAGAAACAGUUUAAAAGAAAACAAACAGCCUGGUCUCAGAACAAAGAAAAGAAAAACAAGCGACAGGACAGAAGACAGCGGAAAGAGUUGUCAAAGAAAAGAAAACAGCAACAAUUUGAUGAAGAGGACUUGGCUGAACUUGCCAAAGAUGCCAUGCUAGUGAAGAAACUCAAGAGGGGCAAGAUAUCUGAUAAAGAAUAUGAAGAUGAGAUUGGUCUAAAUGCAUAAUGUUGCUGAAAAUUUCACUGUAAAUUUAUUAGUGAACUAAUUGUAAUGUAAAUGCUGGAAUGAGACACAGUAUUCACUGGAAAUAUGCUACCAUUGUCUACAAGAUAUAAGCAACCUAUGUACGGGAGAUUUUAUCAGUGUUUACUACAAGAUACAAAUGGGAUACAAUAUUGACUGGUACCCAUUUAUACUGGUACCCAUUUAUACUCUUGGGCGGGUGGAGAGGAGCAAUGCAGAUACUACUACUUGCUCAAGGGCACAAGCAAAAUGCACAGCGAGGGAUUGAAACCCUGACCUCCGCCUUUACUACUAGAUGCAAAUGGAGCACAGUAUGCCUUUGAGGUUUUUAUCUGUGUUUACUACAAGAUAUAUAACAUGAAACAGUAUACACUGGAGUUUCUGCAUGUGUUUACUACAAGAUACAAAAUGGGACACAGUAUGCCCUGAGAAUUUACCAUUCUUUACUACAAGAUACUAACAGAACACAGUAUACACUGGAGAUUCUACCCAUGUUUACUACAAGAUACAAUGAGAACACAAUAUGCCCUUGAGGUUUUAUUUGUGUUUACAAGAUACAAAACGGGACACAGUAUGCACUUGAGGUUUUACCAGUAUUUACUAGCAGACACAAAAUGGGACACAGUAUGCCCUUGAGUUUUUACCAGUGUUUACUACAAUAUACAAAACUGGACAAAGUAUGCACUUGAGGUUUUACCAGUAUUCACUAGAAGAUACAAAACGGGACGCAGUAUGCCCUUGAGGUUUUACCAGUAUUCACUAGAAGAUACAAAACGGGACGCAGUAUGCCCUUGAGGUUUUACCCGUGUUUACUACAAGAUACAAAGCAGGACACAUUAUGCUCUUAAGAUUUUACCUGUGUUUACUACAAGAUACAAAACGGGACACAGUAUGCCCUUGAGGUUUUACCCGUGUUUACUACAAGAUACAAAGCAGGACACAUUAUGCCCUUGAGGUUUUACCUGUGUUUUCUACCACAAGAUACAAAAUGGGACACAUGAUGCCUUAUAGUUUUACUGGUGUUUACUACAAGAUACAAAACGGGACACAGUAUGCCCUUGAGGUUUUACCCGUGUUUACUACAAGAUACAAAGCAGGACACAUUAUGCUCUUAAGAUUUUACCUGUGUUUACUACAAGAUACAAAAUGGGACACAGUAUGCCCUUGAAAUUUUACCCGUGUUAACUACAAGAUAAAAAAUGUGACACAUUAUGCCCUUGAGGUUUUACCAUUCUUUACUACAAGAUACGAAUUGGGAAACAGUAUGCCCUUGAGGUUUCACUGGUGUUUACUACAAGAUACAGAACGGACACAGUAUGCCUUUGAGGUUUUACCUGUGUUUUCUACCACAAGAUACAAAAUGGGACACAUGAUGCCUUAUAGUUUUACUGGUGUUUACUACAAGAUACAAAACGAUACACAGUAUGCCCUUGAGGUUUUACCAGUGUCCCAAAAGUUGUUUUUAACUGGACCUGUAUUAAACAAUUUUGUUUAUAUGUGAUAGUUAAGAAUUUUGUGCAGUAAAUUACUAUAAGAAUUGAGACAAAUAAAUUAAAAAUGAUGGCAUUUAUUGUCACUUUUAUUUAAUUACAGGGAACAUUUUUUAUUUUCUGCCAAAAACUGCCCCCCCCGGGGCAGUUUCUGUCGGCCAUGAAUUAUAAGUAGAAUUUUCUAUUCCAAAUUGAUCACCAAUCAACGACAAGUAUGAUGAUGAUAAUAAUAACAAAUAUAUACGUGACAAAUAUUAAUAAUAAUAAUAACUAGACUUACUAUGUCAGAACAUAGGGCUUUUUUUCAUUUUGCCAUAAUGAGAAGUGAUGUUGAAAUUGCAACAAAAAAGUCACUAAAAAGUAUAAAGUAAAAAACAGGAAAAACAAAAAUACUAUUAAAACACUACUAAAGAAAAUUAUGUUUUUUUUAUAACUUUAGUCACAGAAACAUAAAGCCUUGUAGGAACAUAAUGCUUAUAUUUAAAAUUGUCUUAAAUGAAACAAAUACAGUAUUAACAUCUUUCAAUUUCAAAGCAGAAACGCUCGUACAUGUGACAACAGCUGUAUUAGACAUUCUAAACAUAUAUCAAACAUUUUACAAAACAUUACAGGAAACCGUUACAUUAUUGAUGAGAGUUCUGAUUAAAAAUUAAUAGCUUUUUAAUGUCUGGUGGGGUAAUGGGAUGGGGUCAAGUGUCAGCUCGUAAGGUAAAUCGAGAGCAUGAUAGAAAAAAAAGAGGCGGCAAACUGUUUACCCGAUUUACAUUACAUAUAUUUGCAUAUGUUCACUAACAAACUUUAUUCAUUUUCCCAUAAUAGUAAAUAAAAUAUACACGAGACGCAUCACGGCCAAUAGGUAAGGUAAGAGUUAAGCUACUAUUAGAAAAUGGUUCCUUUUGUACCAUGUGACUAGAAUUACGAUGUUGAAUCUGUGGAAAAAAGAUAAUAAUAACCGAUACAUUUUCUGUUUUCUUUUUGGUUGGUGAGCUGCUUGAGGUUGUAGAUAUUAAAACCAAUAAUUUGUAUUAAA